UACGCCAGGGUUUGGAUCCCUGAUCCAGAGGAGGUCUGGAAGUCGGCAGAACUUCUCAAGGAUUAUAAGCCUGGAGAUAAAGUCCUCCAGCUUCGGCUUGAAGAGGGCAAGGACCUAGAAUAUUCCCUAGAUCUGAAGACGAAGGAACUGCCGCCUUUGCGAAACCCUGACAUACUCGUGGGUGAAAAUGACCUCACGGCGCUCAGCUAUCUCCAUGAGCCUGCUGUUCUACACAACCUCAAAGUCCGAUUUAUAGACUCUAAACUAAUCUAUACCUAUUGUGGUAUCGUCUUAGUGGCCAUAAAUCCUUAUGAACAACUGCCUAUCUAUGGCGAAGAUAUCAUCAAUGCGUACAGUGGCCAAAACAUGGGGGAUAUGGAUCCACAUAUCUUUGCGGUGGCUGAAGAAGCGUAUAAGCAGAUGGCCAGGGAUGAGCGAAAUCAGUCAAUCAUUGUCAGUGGGGAAUCGGGAGCUGGAAAGACCGUCUCUGCUAAGUAUGCCAUGAGGUACUUUGCCACGGUCAGCGGAUCUGCCAGCGAAGCCAACGUUGAGGAGAAAGUCUUGGCCUCCAACCCCAUCAUGGAGUCUAUUGGAAAUGCCAAAACUACAAGGAACGACAACAGCAGUCGCUUUGGGAAAUACAUUGAAAUUGGUUUUGACAAGAGGUAUCGAAUCAUCGGUGCUAACAUGAGAACUUAUCUCUUGGAAAAAUCAAGAGUGGUGUUUCAGGCAGAAGAGGAGAGAAAUUACCACAUCUUUUACCAACUUUGUGCCUCUGCAGCGUUACCUGAGCUUAAAACUCUACGAUUAGGGAAUGCAAAUUACUUUCACUACACGAAGCAAGGCGGAAGCCCUGUGAUUGAUGGUGUUGAUGAUGCCAAGGAAAUGGUGAACACCAGGCAGGCCUGCACUUUGCUAG